GGAAGGAGUCGCGCAUUGGUCUCAAACCUGUCCUGAACAGUCAGCCAGCAGCGGUGAAUAUAAAGCCGACUAACGUUUAUAGAAAUUUACACCACAGACACGAACAGAAGGAUGUCCGCAGCGUCUUACUCUGAACGGAUCACAAUGGGGCCCCUGGUCGCAGCUAUCGAUCAAGGCACAAGCUCGACUAGGUUUCUGGUGAGUUGGUAGGCACAACAAGCCACUGAGUUAUAAUAUGCCAAGCGUGAAUACAUUUUUUGUGUAUGGGUGGUCCCGGGGAUCGAACCCACUACCCUGGCGUUACAAGCGCCAUGCUCUACCAGUUGAGCUACAGAGAACCACAUUAUGAAUGGGUUGCAUUCUCCUGUUUACUUUUUAAGGUCCUCUUAAAUGUAACUUCAUGUAGUCUACGUAAUCUCCGAAAGGAAUUAUUUAUUAUGAGAGGACAAUCAACAAUAACUAGUAAUGUGGCAUACUGCAAGAAAGGUUCAAAUAUCACAUUCUGAUCAUUUAAAAAUAAAUUUUUGAGGUGUAGUCACUGUUGAGGACAUAAGCUCAAGUACACAGUACAAAUAUGAUACAAAAAUAUGAAAUAUUUUAUGACAUUUCCUAUUUAACAACACAUGAAUAAGGCUUGAAAUGACUUGUAUGAUUUCUAAAUAGAGUGUAAUCAAAUUGUUAAACCACAAACUGUGUAAGUUUUCACCCUCCUUAUAACUGUAAAAUACAUGUUUAGUAUUUUCAGAAGGUCUCUCUUGAUCAAAACGUCUGCCCCCACCACUGUGAACAUCACACAGAGCUCUAGCCUGGCUUCCUGAACUCGUUAGGAACUUGCCUUUCAUCUUAUAUUAAUCUUGUCCAAACAGAAAGUGUUUUUUUUGUUUAAAAUCUGUUAGUUAUUUUUUCGAUUAAUAGCUAUAAAUUGAUCUCUGAAUGUACUAUAGUGAUGAAACCACUCUCUCCUGCUGUGCUGCAGUAUAAGGAGUGCGGGCGUGUGCUAUGUCAGUGGUGGUGAAGUAGGGUUCAGCCAGGAGUUGAUGGACAGUCGGAAGAGCAAAAAAAUAGACAACUGUGUCCGUGGGAACCAGGGCUACUGCUCAAUGCAAGCCAUUUCAAUCUACGGUGUCCACAGAUCGAUUUACAAGUGAAAAUGUUGGUACGAAACCGGUAUCAGAACCACGCAGGCCCCUAAACAGGGGACUUUACAUCUACAAUGUUUUUAAGUAAACUGCAGUUUUCGUCCUCAUGCUAGCUAGCUAGCAGUAGCCACAGCAGCCAUUGUGGAUUUUUUAUUUAUUUUUGGUUGUCAUUUUAUCAGACGCUCUUAUCCAGAGCGACUUACAGUUAGUGAGUGCAUACAUUUUUAUUUUUUAUUUUUCAUACCCCCCCUGUGGAAUGUCACGUUGAACAACAAAUGAGCUGAUUGGCUGACACUGCCAUUCUAAAAUGGCUGCUGUGGCUUCUGGUACCUACCAUGAGGACGAAAAGGAAAAGUUUUUUCUGGAAAAAACUGUCAGUCGUUCAAUCUUCUUGGUGUAACAGUUGAGAUAAUGGGACAGUUCGGAGUACAGCACAUUUCUCAUCCCUGGAUUGAGGUAUGUUUUCCGAGCCAUCUCUUGCUCUGGCUCCAUGGUGUCUUAAUCUAAACAGGAAGCCUGUCCGACCCCAGCCCAAUAUAUAGGAGCCUAAUGUUACUCCUUAGAGUCCAAGGACCUGACAUGUUCUGUUUAGAGGCGAAGUGGCUCUGGAAGCCAAAACAGACAAAUACUCCAUCUAAACGUGAAUCGAUUCUCAACUGUUCUGUUUAGAGGCCAAGUGGCUCUGGAAGCCAAAACAGACAAAUACUCCAUCUAAACGUGAAUCGAUUCUCAACUGUUCUGUUUAGAGGCCAAGUGGCUCUGGAAGCCAAAACAGACAAAUACUCCAUCUAAACGUGAAUCGAUUCUCAACUGCCGCACGGUUCUAGAAUCACAAAGCCCUCUACUUUCAUAGCACAUCCAAAAUAAUUUCACAAAAUGCUAAAUACACACUUACGCUGACUGUUUUAACAAGGUCGCAGCCUACAGUAAUUUUUCAAGUGACACGUUUGUGGCGUCUGUCUUCCGUUUUACACACAGGUGUUUCGGAGACGCAGGUAGCGAUUUUUAGCACAGGUAGUCCCCUCUGUCUUCCGUCUGUUUUCCGUAAGCAAGAGCUGUGACAUGGAGAUACUCUGAGUGUAGAAAACAUUUGGGACACCUUCCUAAUAUUGAGUUGUACACCUCCUUUUGCCCCUCAGAACAGCUUCAAUUCGUCCUGGGAAUGGACUCUACAAGGUGUCGAAAGCGUUCUACAGGGAUGCUGGCUCCAUGUUGACUCCAAUGCUUCCCACAGUUGUGUCAAGUUGGCUGGAUGUCCUUUGGGUGUUGGACCAUUCUUGAUACACAUGGGGAAACUGUUGAGUGUGAAAAAUCCAGCAGUGUUGGAAGUUCUUGACACCCUCAAACCGGUGCGCCUGGCACCAACUACCAUACCCUGUUUAAAGGCACUUCAAUCUUUUGUCUUGCCCAUUCAACCUCUAAAUGGCACACAUACACAAUCCAUGUCUCAAGGCUUAAAAAUCCUUCUUUAACCUGUCUCCUCCCCUUCAUCUACACUGAUUUGAAGGUGACAUCAAUAAGGGAUCAUAGCUUUCACCUGGAUUCACCUGGUCAGUCUGUCAUGGAAAGAGCAGGUGUUCUGAUUCAGAGGGGUUGGGUUAAAUGUGGAAGACACAUUUCAGUUGAAUGCAUUCAGCUGUACAACUGACUAGGUAUCCCCCUUUUACCUUCCUUUUCCAGAUGUUUUGUACUCUCAGUGUAUGGCCAUGUGGGAACCCUAACGCUAUAAAGGUCUCGAUUUAACCUCAUUGUUUUUUGAAAAUUAUUUAUUGCCGAUAAGGUCCUCGUGCUUCCAAAACCGUACCGCAAGCGAUGCGUGUUAAUGUUCAGACGCACGUCGCGGCUCUUAAGAAACCCCCCCCCCCCCCCCCCCCCCCCCUACAGAAGACGCCUUCGUCCAAUGACUCAUGUAAUGUAAUGUAACAGAGUCAUGAUCAAGGGCGAGUCCGACCCUAGUGCAGCUGUAAGCAGGUUUGAUGUAGACAGGCGUCCUUUAAGAGGGUAUCGUAUUGCUGUAUCUAUUUCCUUUUUUUAAAUAGUCAAUAGAGUUCUGCAUACUACAUUGUGACUCUUUCCCCCUCAAGUCACACCUUUGAUUUCUCACCAUUGAUCACUACCUUGGUGGCAGCACUGGGAUAGUUCCUACAGUAUUAGAACAGCGUGUCAGCGUAGACUACUUCAAACCUCCCAAGAAAUCUGGAACUCUAUGGAACAAGUGAUAAAGCACUUGCCCUAUAGUUACUGGCCUCCCGAGUGGCGCAGUGGUCUAAGGUACUGUGCCACUAGAGAUCCUGGUUCGAAUCCAGGCUCUGUCGUAGCCGGCCGCGACCGGGAGACCCAUGGGGCGGCGGCGCACAAUUGGCCCAGCGUCGUUUGCAACGCCAGGGUUGUGGGUUCGAUUCCCACGGGGGGCCAGUAAGAAGAAAAAAUAGUAUGCACUCACUAACUGUAAGUCGCUCUGGAUAAGAGCGUCUGCUAAAUGACUAAAAUGUAGGUUACUGGUUCAAACCCUGAUCUGGUUGUUCUGCUACGUUAUACAGUGAGGGGAAACAAGUAUUUGAUCCCCUGCUUUGUACGUUUGCCCACUGACAAAGACAUGAUCAGUCUAUCAUUUUAAUGGUAGGUUUAUUUGAACAGUGAGAGACAGAAUAACAACAACAAAAAUCCAGAAAAACUAUUUGACCCCCUCUCAAUCAGAAAGAUUUCUGGCUCCAAGGUGUCUUUUUAUACAGGUAACGAGCUGAAGUUAGGAGCACACUCUUAAAGGGAGUGCUCCUAAUCUCAGCUUGUUACCUGUAUAAAAGACACCUGUCCACAGAAGCAAUCAGAAGCCAAACUCUCCACCAUGGCCAAGACCAAAGAGCUCUCCAAGGAUGUCAGGGACAAGAUUGUAGACCUACACAAGGCUGAAAUGGGCUACAAGACCAUCGCCAAGCAGCUUGGUGAGAAGGUGACAACAGUUGGUGUGAUUAUUUGCAAAUGGAAGAAACACAAAAUAACUGUCAAUCUCCCUCGGCCUGGGGCUCUAUGCAAGAUCUCACCUCGUGGAGUUGCAAUGAUCAUGAGAACGGUGAGGAAUCAGCCCAGAACUACACGGGAGGAUCUUGUCAAUGAUCUCAAGGCAGCUGGUACCAUAGUCACCAAGAAAACAAUUGGUAACACACUACGCCGUGAAGGACUGAAAUCCUGCAGUGCCCGCAAGGUCCCCCUGCUCAAGAAAGCACAUAUACAUGCCCGUCUGAAGUUUGUCAAUGAACAUCUGAAUGAUUCAGAGGAGAACUGGGUGAAAAUGUUGUGGUCAGAUGAGACCAAAAUCGAGCUCUUUGGCAUCAACUCAACUCGCCGUGUUUGGAGGAGGAGGAAUGCUGCCUAUGACCCCAAGAACACCAUCCCCACCGCCAAACAUGGAGGUGGAAACAUUAUGCUUUGGGGGUGUUUUUCUGCUAAGGGGACAGGACAACUUCACCGCAUCAAAGGGACGAUGGAUUGGCCAUGUACCGUCAAAUCUUGGGUGAGAACCUCCUUCCCUCAGCCAGGGCAGGAAAAUGGGUCGUGGAUGGGUAUUCUAGCAUGACAAUGAUCCAAAACAAACGGCCAAGACAACAAAGGAGUGGCUCAAGAAGAGGCACAUUAAGGUCCUGGAGUGGCCUAGCCAGUCUCCAGACCUUAAUCCCAUAGAAAAUCUGUGGAGGGAGCUGAAGGUUCGAGUUGCCAAACGUCAGCCUCGAAACCUUAAUGACUUGGAGAAAAUCUGCAAAGAGGAGUGGGACAAAAUCCCUCCUGAGAUGUGUGCAAACCUGGUGGCCAACUACAAGAAACGUCUGACCUCUGUGAUUGCCAACAAGGGUUUUGCCACCAAGUACUAAGUCAUGUUUUACAGAGGGGUCAAAUACUUAUUUCCCUCAUUAAAAUGCAAAUCAAUUUAUAACAUUUUUGACAUGCGUUUUUCUGUAUUUUUUUGUUGUUAUUCUGUCUCUCACUGUUCAAAUAAACCUACAAUUAAAAUUAUAGACUGAUCAUUUCUUUGUUAGUGGGCAAACGUACAAAAUCAGCAGGGGAUCAAAUAUCAAAUACUUUUUUCCCUCACUGUACCUCUACCUGAAUAAACUGUGACGUGCUACAGUUUCACUUGUCUUGGUUAAACAAGAAGCUGUCCAUUUUCUGGAGAGGAUGUUGCUUUUUGACACGUCCUGCUGUGACUAAAUAUGCACGGCGUUCCAAGCGACAUGAGUCUUGGCCUAACCAGUCUUGGACAACGUGUCUAACUCUCGCCAAAGUGUGGGCAACAUGUAGCCUACACAUUAACUACUAUCCUAUGGGUGAGAGGUCAAGCACUCCUUUCUUAAAAUGUGCGUAGAGGACAGGAGUCCAACUGGCCCCUUUCUCUUUUUAACAGGUAAAAACAAUGAAGUAACAAGUUAAGUGAAUUAUUGAUGAACAAAACACAUCUUCAGUGUCUGGGGUAAAACCUGAUAAUCUAAACCACUUGUCUUUCCUGGACUGUAACACGAUGCUUAGUGAUUAUUUCAACUGAGCAUCACUUUUCACACUAAUGUUAUUCAUUCUGUAAAUUCCACGGUAUCUACUGAUGAGGACAUGCAUUCAUCUACCUGAAAGGUUCAUGUCCUGCAGUUAUGUAACACCUGACGGUCGUGCUAAUCAAUGUUUGCUUUGUUUAUCUGUCAACAUUGUUGCUUGAUAAGAGUUUUAAAACCAAGGGUGAACAUUGUCUCUCAUACCACCUUGUGGAUUGCAUGUCUCUGUGUAGGCUGUGUAUGGGCAAUUCCGUGGAAAAGUCGACCUGAGCAUGCCCAAAUAGCUUGUCAUUUCCAAAUUAAAACACGUUCAUAAUUAUCCUUAGGGGUCUACGUUGGAGUUCAGGCUUUUAACUGAAAUGUUUUACUAGGAAAUUGCAGAGUAGGAGGCCAAGUCUGAAAGGCUUUUCAGUCAAUCAUAUUUCAUGGCUUUUUGAAAGAGCUCGUUUCUUCACUCACAGCACAAUGUUAGUUAUGAAGAUGAGAUGUUAACCCUUUUACACUCGUAGAAAAAUUGCAGAUUUUGUCAUUAAUGAGCUCCUAAAUCAGAACACAGUGGCUGUGCAGUAACAUGCUAUAUAUCACAUCAGAGCUCAGGGUCUCGGCUUACAUUUUAGUCAUUUAGCAGACGCUCUUAUCCAGAGCGACUUACAGGAGCAAUUAGGGUUAAGUGCCUUGCUUAAGGGCACAUCGACAGAUUUUUCACCUAGUCGGCUCGGUGAUUAGAACCAGCGACCUUUCGGUUACUGGCACAACGCUCUUACCCACUAAGCUACCUGCCGCCCAUCACAGCGCUGUAUGGGUUUUGGCUGACAGUAGAGCACCGCGCGGGACAACAAGUCCACCCAAGAAAAUUUGCCGCGGAACACAUCUGAAUGCACUCAUUCUAUGCGCACAAAGAUUGCCAUCUGCUUCUCUGAAUUGCCUUGUGAAAGCCUAACACUGUAAGAUCGUAUUUUUAUAAUUUAGCUACUUAUGUUGGCAAUAGAACAAGCUUUGAAAUGAUGCCCACCUGACCCAGAUUGUGUUUUAUAAUAGCUGUUUUUGGAAUCGCGUAAACAACAGUAAACUGUGUGAGGGCGGGGACCCAGGGUUGUAUCCCAAAAAAAAAAAACUACCAGUGUGUUUGCUCUAGUUCCUCAACGGAACAGCAAGGAGAGCUCAAAAAGACACCACCUAGUUGAAGGCUCUUUCCUUGAGUCAUAAAAGUGCAUUGAAAUGACUAAGGAACUGUGCUCAGGUUGGAGAGAUGUGCUGAGCAGUUGUUGGCUGCUUUUCCUUCACGCUGUGAUCCAACUCAUCCCAAACCAUCUCAAUUGGGUUGAGGUCUGGGGAUUGUGGAGGCCAGGUCAUCUGAUGCAGCACUCCAUCACUCUCCUUCUUGGUAAAAUAGCCCUUACACAGCCUGGAGGUGUGUUGGGUCAUUGUCCUGUUGAAAAACAAAUGAUAGCCCCACUAAGCGCAAACCAGAUGGGAUGGCGUAUCGCUGCAGAAUGCUGUGGUAGCCAUGCUGGUUAAGUGUGCCUUGAAUUCUAAAUAAAUCACAGACAGUGUCACCAGCAAACCACCCCCACACCAUAACACCUCCUCCAUCCGUUCACCCACACCGCGUCUCACAAAGACACGGCGGUUGGAACCCAAAAUCUCCAACCCAACUCUGGGUCUUCCAUUCCUGUGGCGGUCCUCAUGAGAGCCAGUUUCAUCAUAGCGCUUGAUGGUUUUUGCGACUGCACUUGAAGAAACUUUCAAAGUUCUUGAAAUGUUCCGUAUUGACUGACCUUCAUGUCUUAAAGUAAUGAUGGACUGUCGUUUCUCUUUGCUUAUUUGAGCUGUUCUUGCCAUAAUAUGGACUUGGUCUUUUACCAAAUAGGGCAAUCUUCUGUAUACCCCCCCCUACCUUGUCACAACACAACUGAUUGGCUCAAACGCAUUAAGAAGGAAAUUAAUUCCACAAAUUAACUUUUAAGAAGGCACACCUGUUAAUUGAAAUGCAUUCCAGGUGACUACCUCAUGAAGCUGGUUGAGAAAAUGCCAAGAGUGUGCAAAGCUGUCAUCAAGGCAAAGGGUGGCUACUGCAUGAUUCUAUAUUUGUUAUUUCAUAGUUUUGAUGUCUUCACUAUUAUUCUACAAUGUAGAAGUGGUCUAAGGCACUGCAUCGCAGUGCUAGCUGUGCCACUAGAGAUCCUGGUUCGAAUCCAGGCUCUGUCGUAGCCGGCCGUGACCGGGAGACCCAUGGGGCGGCGCACAAUUGGCCCAGCGUCGUCCAGGGUAGGGGAGGGAAUGGCCGGCAGGGAUGCUGGUAGAGUAGAGCAUGGUGUUUUCAACGCCAGGGUUGUGGGUUCGAUUCCCGCGGGGGGCCAGUAUGAAAAAUAAAUACAAAUAUGUAUGUACUCACUAACUGUAAGUCGCUCUGGAUAAGAGCGUCUGCUAAAUGACUAAAAUGUAAAUGUAGAAAAUAGUAAAAAUAAAGAAACCCUGGAAUGAGUAGGUGUGUUAACUUUUCACUGGUACUGUAUGUGAAAAUGGCAUGUUUCUAUGUUUUGUAGUGAGGAAGGAAGAUAAGCGUUUCUAAUGACAUCAUCAGUGAGCAUCAUGUGAUUUUAACCAAUUAUAAGUAGGAAUUGCCUACUAAUUGUCUACUAAUUGGUUGAUGCCAUUGGAAACACUUGUCUUCCUCUAUCUUUUUGACUACAGAACAUAGAAACGUGCUAGUUUCACACGUUGAUGUGGUGCUGGAGAUGAAUAUUGAAAUGUUUAUUUAAAGCAAUACAGACCAAAUGUAACAUCCCAUGAUAUGUUUUAGGAUUUUUGUUUUUUUGGGGGGGGGUCAUCUUAACAUUGUCUGUAACGCUUUCAUCAUGGUUUUAUAUGGUCUAGAAUUGGUUUCUCUUUUGUGGAUGUGAUGGAUGUUGAUGGAUCAUAUCUUAGCUUCAGAAUGCUUGUUCUGGUAUGUGUUCUUCAGACUGUUACAGAAGCGAUUGUUGAAAUCUUGAAAAUGAUGUCUAAGAUUAUCUUGUAAAUAAAUGCAUUUCUCAUACGUGGUACUACUGUUGUUGUUGUUUUUGUUGAUAGAAAGGUAAAGUGUUAAUAAACAACAUGUGAAUAGCCCUGAAGAUGGCUCUAAAUUAAACAUUUUCAUUGGUAGCAAAAGUUAGGAACACGGCAUCAGAAUGCAUAUAUAUGUUUAAUUGAUUGAGAUAUUAGCAUAUUGGGCCUAGAUUAAUACUAUACUGAACAAAAAUAUAAACGCAACAUGUAAAGUGCUGUUCCCAUGUUUCAUGAGCUGCAAUAAAAGAUCCCAGAAAUCUUCCAUACGCACAAAAAGCUUAUAUUUCUAAACUGUUGUACACAAAUUUGUUUACAUCCCUGUUAGUGAGCAUUUCUCCUUUGCCAAGAUAAUCCAUCCACCUGACAGGCGUGGCAUAUCAAGAAGCUGAUUAAACAGCAUGAUCAUUACACAGGUGCACCUUGUGCUGGGGACAAUAAAAGGGCACUCUAAAAUGUGCAGUUUUGUCACACAACACAAUGCCACAGAUGUCUCAUGUUUUGAGGGAGCGUGCAAUUGGCAUGCUGGCUGCUGGAAUGUCCACCAGAACUGUUGCCAGAUAAUUUUAUGUUUAUUUCUCAACCAUAAGCCGCCUCCAACGUUGUUUUAGAGAAUUUGUUAGUACGUCCAAAAGGCCUCACAACUGGAGACCACGUGUAUGGCGUCGUGUGGGCGAGCGGUUUGCUGACGUCAACGUUGUGAGCAGAGUGCCCCAUGGUGGCAGUGGGGUUAUGGUAUGGGCAGGCAUGGACAAUGAACACAAUUGGAUUUUAUCGAUAGCAAUUUAAAUGCACAGAGAUACCGUGAAAAGAUCCUGAUGCCCAUUACCGUGCCAUUCAUCCGCUGCCAUCACCUCAUGUUUCAGCAUGAUAAUGCACGGCCCCAUGUCGCAAGGAUCUCUAAACAAUUCCUGGAGGCUGAAAAUGUCCCAGUUCUUCCAUGGCCUGCAUACUCACCAGACAUGUCACCCAUUGAGCACGUUUGGGAUGCUCUGGAUCGACGUGUACGACAGCGUGUUCCAGUUCCCGCCAGUAUCCAGCAAUUUCGCACAGCCGUUGAAGAGGAGUGGGACAACAUUCCACAGGCCACAAUCAACAGCCUGAUCAACUCUAUGCGAAGGAGAUGUCGCGCUGCAUGAGGCAAAUGGUGGUCACACCAGAUACGGACUGGUUUUCUGAUCCACACCCCUACUUAAAAAAAAAAAGGUUUUCUGUGACCAACAGAUUCAUAUCUAUAUUCCCAGUCAUGUGAAAUCCAUAGAUUAGGGCCUACAUUUAUUUAAAUUGACUGAUUUCCUUUAAAUGAACUGUAAAUCGGUAAAAAUCUUUUAAAUUGUUGCAUGUUGCGAUUUUAUAUUUUUGUUCAGUAUUAAUCAGAUAUAAGAUGACUUGCAUCUCUCGAUCUCUGUCUCUCCUCUCCUCAGGUGUUCAAUUCUAAAACCGCAGAGCUGAUCAGUCACCACCAGGUUGGGAUAAAGCAGAGUUUCCCUAAAGAGGGGUGAGUGUACACUCCUGACAUCACAUUGCAAUAACGUCCGCUUGCCCAGUACCGAUACUUUUAUUAGCAGGCCUUCUCUUCUCCUCCUCUACUAGGGGGAAUUCUGUUCCAACAGGAUUGGUCAGUGAUGACGGGGAGAAUGGAAAGAGGGAAAAUAUGGAAAGGAGGAUCUUAUGAAUGUCAACAUUUACUAAAUCUCCUCCCUGGGUUGAGUCAAUACUGAGUACAAAGAACUGAGGUUACACUUUAAUGAAGAUCCCUUGGUUUUUAUUCCCCUUAGCUGAAUGCGUGAGCUGUCAAGAGUCCAAUGUCCAGGGCUUCUUUACAUUAGAUAGGCAGAGAGAUUACACAGACAAUGGUGUUCUACUGCUAUUAAAGCCUUAUUUGGGAGUGUAGAGUGCAUUUGGAAAGUAUCCAGACCCCUUGACUUUUUCCACAUUUUGUUACGUUACAGCCUUUCUCCUCCCUCAUCCAUCUACACACAAUAUCCCGUAAUGACAAAGCAGAAACUGGUUUUUAGAAAUGUUUGCAAAUGUGUAAAACAUUUAAUAACCUGAUAUCACAUUUACAUAGGUAUUCAGACCCUUUACUCAGUACUUUGUUGAAGCACCUUUGGCAGCGAUUACAGCCUAGAGUCUUCUUGGGUAUGACGCUACAAGCUUGGCACAACUGUAUUUGGGGAGUUUCUCCCAUUCUUCUCUGCAGAUCCUCUCAUGCACUGUCAGAUUGGAUGUGGAGCAUUGCUGCACAGCUAUUUUCAGGUCUCUCCAGAGAUGUUCGAUCGGGUUCAAGUCUGGGCUCUGGCUGGGCCACUCAAGGACAUUCAGAGACUUGUCCCAAAGCCAGUCUUGCGUUGUCUUGGCUGUGUGCUUAGGGUUGUUGUCCUGUUGGAAGGUAAACCUUCACCCCAGUCUGAGGUCCUGAGCGCUCUGGAACAGGUUUUUAUUAAGCAUCUCUGUACUUUGCUCCGUUCAGCUUUCCCUCGAUCCUGACUAGUCUCCCAGUCCCUGCAGCUGAAAAACAUCCCCACAGCAUGAAGCUGCCACCACCGUGCUUCACCGUAGGUAUGAUUCCAGGUUUCCUCCAGUCGUGACGCUUGGCAUUCAGGCCAAAGAGUUUCAUCAGACAAGAUCAUCUUGUUUCUCAUGGUCUGACAGUCCUUUAGGUGCUAUUUGGCAAACUCCAAACGGGCUGUCAUGUGCUUUUACUGAGGAGUGGCUUCCAUCUGGCCACUCAACCAUGAAGGCCUGAUUGUUGGACUGCUGCAGAGAUGGUUGUCCUUCUGGAAGGUUCUCCCAUCUCCAUAGAGGAACUCUGGUGCUCUGUCAGAGUGACCAUCAGGUUCUUGGUCACCUCCCUGACCAAGGUCUUUCUCCCCCGAUUGCUCAGUUUGGCCUGACGGCCAGCUCUAGGAAGAGUCUUGGUGUUUCCAAGUUUCUUCCAUUUAAGAAUGAUGGAAGCCACUGUGUUCUUGGGGACCUUCAAUGCUGAAAAUGUUUGGUACCCUUCCCCAGCUCUGUGCCUCGACACAAUCCUUUCUCUGAGCUCUACGGACAAUUCCUUCGACCUCAUGGCUUGGUUUUUGCUCUGACAUGCACUGUCAACUGUGGGACCUUAUAUAGACAGCUGUGUGCCUUUUCCAAAUCAUGUCCAAACAAUUGAAUUUACUGAAGGUGGACUCCAAUUUGUAAAAACAUCUCAAGGAUGAUCAAUGGAAACAGGAUGCACCUGAUCUCAAUUUCGAGUCUGAUAGCAAAGGGUCUGAAUACUUAUGUAAAUAAGGUAUUUCUGUUUUUUUUUUAAAAGAGCCUAUUUUCACUUUGUCAUUAUGGGGUGUUGUGUGUAGAUAAUUUUUUAUUUUAUAUAUUUUAGAAUAAGGCUAUUUACAUAUGUGCCUGGGUUCUUUUGGAAAGACUCUAUGUCCGGUCAGGACCUUUUAAACCAACUGUCUUUUGCCCCUGACGAGAACAGUUGAACAGAGGGGAAUUUGACCCAAUAGGAGCGAAGGACAGCACCUGUUAUUCACGCCCAAAACAAAGCUGAAAUAUGACACUUGGCGUUCACAUUCGACCUUGUUCCUUCUCUGAACUGCUACUUUUUAACACUGGUAAAACCCCUUUUUCAGCUAAUGCAAACACUUAGUUGAUCUGUCUCUUGGUUUCUCUCAGCUGGGUGGAAGAGGACCCUAAGGAGAUUCUUCAGUCAGUUUAUGAGUGUAUGGAGAGGACCUGCGAGAAGCUUGGCCAGCUCAACAUCGACAUCUCCAAUAUUAAAGGUAUGGUGGCAUAUAUCUGUAGUGGUUCUCAGGACUCCCAUCAUCAACAUCUCCAAUAUUAAAGGUAUGGUGGUAUAUACAGUGCCUUCUGAAAGUAUUCACACCCCUUGACGUUGUCCACAUUUUUGUUGUGUUACAGCCUGCAUUUAAAAUGGAUUACAUUGAGAUUGUUUGUCACUGGCCUACACACAAUACCCCAUAAUGUCAAUGUGGAAUUAUAUUUUUUCUAAAUGUUUACAAAUGAAUUAGAAAUGAAAAGCUGAAAUGUAUUGAGUCAAUAAGUCACAUAAUACGUCGCAUGGAAUCACUCUGUGUGCAAUAAUAGUGUUGAACAUGAUUUUUGAAUGACUACCUCAUCUCUGUACCACAAACAUGUAAAUGAUCUGUAAGGUCCCUCAGUCGAGCAGUGAAUUUCAAACACAGAUUCAACCAUAAAGACUAGGGAGAUUUUCCAAUGCACACCUAUUGGUAGAUGGGUAAAAAAACAGACAUUGAAUAUCCCUUUGAGCAUGGUGAAGUUAUUAAUGGCACUUUGGAUGGUGUAUCAAUACACCCACUCGCUACAAAGAUACAGGCAUCCUUCCUAACUCAGUUGCCAGAGAGGAAGGAAACCGCUCAGGGAUUUCACCAUGAGGCCAAUGGUGACUUUAAAACAGUUACAGAGUUUAAUGGAUUGGUAGGAGAAAACUGAGAAUGGAUCAACAACAAUGUAGUUACUUGACAAUACUAACAUAAAUGACAAAGUUAAAAGAAGGAAGCCUGUACAUAAUACAAAUAUUCCAAAACAUGCAUCCUGUUUGCAACAAGGCACUAAAGUAAUGCUGCAAAAAAUCUGGCAAAGCAAUUAACUUUUUGUCCUGAAUGCAAAGUACUCUCCAUAUUUUCAAGUAUAGUGGUGGCUGCAUCAUGUUAUGAGUAUACUUGUAAUCGUUAAAGACUGGGGAGUUUUUCAGGAUUAAAAAGAAACUGAAUGGAGCUAAGCACAGGCAAAAUCCUUUCUACCAGACACUGGGAGAUUAAUUCACCAUUUUCAGCAGGACAAUAACCUAAAAUAUAAGGACAAAUAUACACUGGAGUUGCUUACCGAUAAGAGUGGCUGAGUUACAGUUUUGACUUAAAUCUACUUGAAAAUCUACGGCAAGACCUGAAAAUGGCUGUCUAGCAACGAUCAACAACCAAUUUGACAGAGCUUGAAGAAUUUUGAAAAUAAUAAUGGGCAAGUGUUGCACAAUCCAGGUGUGGAAUGCUCUUGGAGACUUACCCAGAAAGACUCACAGCUGUAAUCGCUGCCAAAGGUGCUUCUACAAAGUAUUGAGUCAAGGGUGUGAACACUUAUCUAAAUGAGAAAAAUUGCAAACAUUUCUAAAAACAUGUUUUCACUUUGUCAUUAUGGGGUGAGAAUAAAUCAUCUAUUUGGUCAAUUUUGAAUUCAGGCUCUAACGCACAUGUGUCAAACUCAUUCCACGGAGGGCCGAGUGUCUGCGGGUUUUCGCUCCUCCCUUGUACUUGAUUGAUGAAUUAAGGUCACUAAUUAGUAAGGAACUCCCCUCACCUGGUUGUCUAGGUCUUAAUUGAAAGGAAAAACCAAAAACCCGCAGACACUCGUCCCUCUGUGGAAUGAGUUUGACACCCCUGCUCUAACGCAACAAAAAUGUGAAAUAAGUCCAGGGGUAUGAAUACUUUCUGAAGGCACUCUAUCUGUAGUGGUUCUCAGGACUCCAUCAUAAACAUCUCCAACAUUAAAAGGUACCUACAGUGGUUCUCAGGACUCCAUUGGGAUGCAGCAGUGGGUGUGGCGUUUAUUUACCAUUUUGUUUUGUGUUUACCCAGCUGUCGGAGUGACCAAUCAGAGAGAGACUACGCUGGUUUGGGACAAAGAGACAGGGGAACCACUCUACAAUGCUAUCGGUGGGUAUUACCAAGCGAAUUGUUAGACACAAACGUAUGUGCCAGAAAGUACGGGGACACCGUCCCCAUUGGAAGACUAUUGGAAGGAACAGGCUGUUUUGGGAUCGGAGUUCUAAUUCAGUUUUAGUGACCUUUGCUUUGAAACACACACUGAUUCAGACAGCUAGCCCCAGUCUCCCCCUCAAACCUCCACACAGUCUUUACUGUAACUCAACUUAGUAAAUGUCCUAAGGUUGUGUGGGAAACCACACAGCACAUGGCCAGAUUGCAUAACAUCAUCCAGUAGCAUUGUUGCAAUACCAUUACACCCUCCCCCAGCUACAGGAAGUUGUAUAGGAUGUCAAAACAGUCAUGCUUUUCAUUCUGCCAGUUCCACCACUGUAUGUCUAUUGUUGAACAUUUUAAGAUGGUGUGUGUGUGUGUGUGUGUGUGUGUGUGUGUGUGUGUGUGUGUGUGUGUGUGUGUGUGUGUGUGUGUGUGUGUGUGUGUGUGUGUGUGUGUGUGUGUGUGUGUGUGUGUGUGUGUGUGUGUGUGUGUGUGUGUGUGUGUGUGUGUGUGUGUGUGUGUGUGUGUGUGUGUGUGUGUGUGUGUGUGUGUGUGUGUGUGUGUGUGUGUGUGUGGGUACCAGUUAAAAGUUUGGACACACCUACUCAUUCAAGGGUUUUUCUUUAUUUUUACUAUUUUCUACAUUGUAGAAUAAUAUUGAAGACCUCAAAACUAUGAAAUAACACAUAUGGAAUCAUGUAGUAACCCCAAAAAAGUGUUAAACAAAUCAAAAUAUAUUUGAGAUUCUUUAAAGUAACCACCCUUUGCCUUGACGACAGCUUUGCACACUCUUGGCAUUGUCUCAACCAGCUUCAUGAGGUAGUCACCUGGAAUGCAUUUCAAUUAACAGGUGUGCCUUCUUAAAUGUUAAUUUGUGGAAUUUCUUUCCUUCUUAAUGCGUUUGAGCCAAUCAGUUGUGUUGUGACAAGGUAGGGGUGGUAUACAGAAGAUAGCCCUAUUUGGUAAAAUACCAAGUCCAUAUUAUGGCAAGGACAGUUCAAAUAAGUAAAGAGAAAUGACAGUCCAUCAUUACUUUAAGACAUGAAGGUCAGUCAAUACGGAAUAUUUCAAGAACUUUGAAAGUUUCUUCAAGUGCUGUCGCAAAAACCAUCAAGCGCUAUGAUGAAACUUGCUCUCAUGAGGACCGCCACAGGAAAGGAAGACCCAGAGUUACCUCUGCUGCAGAGGAUAAGUUCAUUAGAGUUACCAGCCCCAGAAAUUGCAGGCCAAAUAAAUGCUUCACAUAAUUCAAUUAACAGACACAUCUCAACAUCAACAGUUCAGGGGAGACUGUGUGAAUCAGGCCUUCAUGGUCGAAUUGCUGCAAGGAAACCACUACUAAAGGACACCAAUAAUAAGAAGAGACUUGCUUGGGCCAGGAAACACGUUGGUUCCAUCCGCCAUGUGAGACGCAGAGUAGGUGAACGGAUGAUCUCUGCAUGUGUGGUUCCCACCGUGAAGCAUGGAGGAGGAGGUGUGAUGGUGUGGGGGUGCUUUGCUGGUGACACUGUCUGUGAUCUAUUUAGAAUUCAAGGCACACUUAACCAGCAUGGCUACCACAGCAUUCUGCAGCUAUACGCAAUCACAUCUGGUUUGCGCUUAGUGGGGCUAUCAUUUGUUUUUCAACAGGACAAUGGCCCAACACACUUCCAGGCUGUGUAAGGGCUAUUUCACCAAUAAGUAGAGUGAUGGAGUGCUGCAUUAGAUGACCUGGCCUCCACAAUCACCUGACCUCAACCUAAUUGAGAUGGUUUGGGAUGAGUUGGACCGCAGAGUGAAGAAAAAGCAGCCAACAAGUGCUCAGCACAUGUGGGAACUCCUUCAUGACUGUUGGAAAAGCAUUCCAGGUGAAGCUGGUUGAGAGAAUGCCAAGAAUGUGCAAAGCUGUCAUCAAGACAAAGGGUGGCUAUUUUGAAGAAUCUAAAAUCUAAAAUAUAGUUCGAUUUGCUUAACAAUUUUUUUUGUUUACUACAUGAUUCAAUAGGCGUUAUUUCAUUAGUUUUGAUGUCAGAGCAAAAACCAAGCCGUGAGGUCAAAGGAAUUGUCCGUAGAGCUCCGAGACAGGAUUGUGUCGAGGCACAGAUCUGGGGAAGUGUACCAAAACACUUGUGCAGCAUUGAAGGUCCCGAAGAACACAGUGGCCUCCAGCAUUCUUAAAUGGGAGAAGUUUGGAAACACCAAGAAUCUUCCUUGAGCUGGCCGCCCGACCAAACUGAGCAAUCGGGGGGAGAAGGGCCUUGGUCUGGGAGGUGACCAAGAACCCGACGGUCACUCUGACAGAGCUGCAGAUUUCCUCUGUGGAGAUGAGAGAACCUUCCAGGAGGACAACCAUCUCUGCAGCGCUCCACCAAUCAGGCCUUUUAUGGUAGAGUGGCCAGACGGAAGCCACUCCUCAGUAAAAGGUACAUGACAGCCCGCUUGGAGUUUGCCAAAAGGCACCUAAAGGACUCUCAGACCAUGAGAAACAAGAUCGAACAUCUCUGGAGAGACCUGAAAAUAGCUGUGCAGCGACGCUCCCCAUCCAACCUGACAGAGCUUGAGAGGAUAUGCAGAGAAGAAUGGGAGAAACUUCCCAAAUACAGGUGUGCCAAGCUUGUAGCGUCAUACCCAAGAAGACUCAAGGCUGUAAUCGCUGCCAAAGGUGCUUCAACAAAGUUCUGAGUAAAGGGCCUAAUACUUAUGUAAAUGUGAUAUUUCCGUUUUUUAUUUUUAAUAAAUUAGCAACAAUUUCUAAACUGUUUUUUGCUUUGUCAUUAUGGGGUAUUGUGUGUAGAUUAAUGAGGAAAUAAAACAAUUUAAUCAAUUUUAGAAUAAGCCUGUAAUGUAUCAAAAUGUGGAAAAUGUCAAAGGGUCUGAAUACUUUUCCCGAAUGCACUGUGUGUGUGUGUGUGUGUGUGUGUGUGUGUAUGUAUCGCUCUCUCUGUUAUUUUUCUAUUGAAGUUGACUUUAAGCAGUGGUUAACUCCUUGUGUGCUGGUUAUCGCUGUAGUUUGGCUGGACCUACGUACACAGUCCACAGUGGAGAGGCUGAUCAACAGGGCCCCGGGCAAGAACAAGAACCAUCUGAAGGUGAGAGGAGAGGGCCCUGUCCCAAACCAACCCCUAGGCCCUACUUCAUAGCCCCUACCCCCCAUCAUGGACACUAGCCUAUAGGCACUUGUGGAGAAGAUUAGAUAUUAGGUGCGAACAAUAUGAUUGACGUAUCUUUACCGUACUCUCUGAUGGGUGACGUCAACCGGGCAAUACAGUCAACCCCCUUUGCUCACCCUUACAUUGUCAUCCCACCCCCUUUAAUUUGUUUCUCCUCCAUCUCUCUUUAUCUCUCCCCAGCACAAGACUGGUUUGCCCAUCAGUACAUACUUCAGUGCUGUGAAGCUGCGUUGGCUCAUGGACAACGUGGAGGAGGUCGCCGAGGCCAUCCUGACCCACAGAGCCAUGUUCGGUACCGUCGACUCCUGGCUCAUCUGGGUAAGACUGGGCCCAACCCGAACCCUGCAGACUGGGUGAAUUUUUUUUUUUUUAGUACUGGGCUGUUACAAAAAAAACCUGCGAAGGAAUUCAGGAUCAGAGUUGGCGAUCAGUUAAUGUUCAGAUGGUUUAUCUGUGAUAAAUAAUAUAUCAUCCAGACCAUUGAUUUUUAUUUAACAAUUAAAAAAAAAAAAAGACACACAGGAUAUACGUUUUAAAACUUGUCAGGAAUGACACAGUAAAGUCAAUGACUUAUUUCCAUUGUGGUCCCAAAAUCAACAUUAGCAUUCAUUAUCUUAUGUGAUGGUGACUUGAAACCCCACCUCUUUAAUGAAUACCUGGAAUAGUAUAAAGUAAUCCUUCUUCCCCCAUCCCCCCUCAUGAUAGCCAUGGUUAUCCCACUGGCUAUCAUAAGGUGAAUGCACCAUUUUGUAAGUUGUUCUGGAUAAGAGCGUCUGCUAAAUGAUGUAAAUGUAAUUGGUGUGGUCCUCCCACCCCAGUGUCUGACAGGGGGGAAGAGUGGCGGGGUGCACAUCACAGACGUGACCAACGCAAGCCGAACCAUGCUCUUCAAUAUUCACACCCUGGACUGGGACCCCGAGCUCUGCAAGUAGGCACAAACACACACACAAACACACACACACACAAAACACACACACACACACACAAACAAACACACACACACAAACACACACACACACACACACACAAACAAACACACACACACACACACACACCAAACACACACACACACACACACAAACACACACACACACAAACACACACACACACACACACACACACACACACACAAACACAAACACACACACACAUACACACAAACACACACACACACACACACACACAUACACACAAACACACACACACACACACACACACACACACACAAACACACACACACACACACACACACAAACAUGUUUGCAUAGACAUAUCUGCAUGAGUUCUUAAUGAUUUAUUGUGCCUCGACACAAUUUUUUAAAUAUAUAUAUUUCCUGCAUUAUUUUGAACAUAUUUAUUUGUCGGUUGUAGAUAUUUUGAUGUCCCAAUGGAAAUUCUUCCCCAAGUGAAGAGCUCCUCAGAAAUAUACGGUUCUGUGGUGAGUUGAUAGAACCUUCCGGUCUAGCUUGUGUGUCUAAUGUGAUGUUUUUGAUUUCAAACCAUUACCGAACCAUGUUUUAAACAUUAACCUACCUAUCCAGGUUAAGUCCUAUCAUUUUUCAAUAGAAGGUAGCCAUAAAGAUGUUUUACGAUCAAAUAUGAGAUUUAAGUGACUAAUAAAAGCAGGUAAUUUGGUUUUAUGACUAGUGUUUAGUUCCAACUGCCGCAAAGCUGACCUGAUAAGAUUCCAGGUGACUCUCAUGAUAGAAGACUAUGUAAUGGUUUGCGGUGUGGUCAAUGUUACAGGGCUAAAUUUGUUUCCUUGGUUAGACUGUUGGAUCGUUCCCCAGAGACUGUGUUGAUCAUACGUGACAUACAGUGCAUUCAGACUCCUUGACUUUUCCCACAUUUUAUUACACUACAGCCUUAUUCUAAAAUGGAUUUAAAAAAAUAAAAAAUAAACAUCAAUCUACACACAAUACCCCACAAUAACAAAGGAAAAACAGGUUUUCAAACAUAUUUGCAAAUUUAAUAUCACAUUUACAUAAGUAUUCAGACCCUUUACACAGUACUUUGUUGAAGCACCUUUGGCAGCGAUUACAGCCUUGAGUCUUCAUGGGUAUGACGCUACAAGCUUGGCACACCUGUAUUUGGGGAGUUUCUCCCAUUUUUCUCUGCAGAUCCUCUGAAGCGCUGUCAGGUUGGAUGGGGAGCAUCGCUGCACAGCUAUUUUCAGGUCUCUCCAGAGAUGUUAGAUCGGGUUGAAGUCCGGGCUCUGGCUGGGCCACUCAAGGAGAGUCCGAGACUUGUCCCAAAGCCACUCCUGCGUUGUCUUGGCUGUGUGCUUAGGGUCGUUGUCCUGUUGGAAGGUGAACCUUCACCCCAGUCUGAGGACCUGAGCACUCUGGAGCACGUUUUCAUCAAGGACCUCUCUGUACUUUGCUCCGUUCAUCUUUCCUUCGAUCC